GACACUUGAUACUGAAGGAGUGACUGUGUGGAAGCAAACACCCUGGUUUCAAGAGAAAAAAAAAAUGUCGGUAGACCUUCUCAGAUGCCUUCCUCUCCUCUUGCUGCUGGGGCUGUGGACGCCAGAGUGUCUACUUGGCACUCAGCCUAAGGGUCUCACCAAGGCACGCUGGUUUGAAAUUCAGCACAUACAGAUAAGUCCUCAGCAGUGCAACCCGGCAAUGCGUGGUGUCAACAAUUACACCCGGCACUGUAAACAGAAAAACACCUUUCUGCAUGAAUCCUUCCAGAAUGUGGCAGCUACCUGUGAUUUUCCCAACAUCACCUGCAAGAACGGUCGCAAGAACUGCCACGAGAGUGCAAGGCCUGUCGGCAUGACUGACUGUGCGCACACUGGAGAAACCUAUCCCGACUGUCGCUACAGCAGCGAAGCGAAAUACAAAUUCUUCAUUGUGGCCUGUGAACGCCCGAAGAAAGACGACCCCCCCUACCAUCUGGUUCCUGUGCACUUAGAUGAGAUUGUAUAAGGCUUAGGGCACUUUUCUUCUUUUUGACACAGGUUCUUUUACCGUUUAUUCCACUUUGUCUUUGGUUCCUACAGAAAAAGGAAGGCAUUGGAAGAAUUAGAAAGCCUAAGCUAUCGGAACAGAGUUAAGACAAAUAACAAAUAGGGUGUACCGGCGUGAUGUAGUUCAAUAACUGAGUACCUGCACACAAAGGUCCCUGGCUUUGAUCAACAGCCCCCACCCCCAAAAAAGAAGAAACAGGAUUAUUUUCUGAUCUGGGGUUAUUUCUGUUGAGGAGAGGAAUGUAGGGAACAGAUGAAGAGGAUCCAAGCAGCUGAACGAUUUUUCUGCAAUUUUUUUUUUUUGGGGGGGGGCCGUCAAACGUUAUUGUAC